GACAAAAAAGGACUUGGAUACCGCGCUACUAUUACCUUUUGCUUCAGGGGGUAAAUUUUGGAGAUAAUCACACGGGAGUUACCUACAACCCACAGAUUAGGUCUCAAAGUCGACACAAGAGAAUGACCGUCCGACACGAUUUCCAGUCCGACUACCGAAAGUUGGUUGAUUCCAUCUGUCAGAAGUCAGCAUGUCUCCGCGCUUCGAUCAUGGUGACUACACCAUCGGUUGGAUCUGUGCCUUACCGAAAGAGAUGACCGCCGCCAUAGCGAUGCUCGAUGUAACUCACGAUAGCCUCCCACAGCCAGCAUCGGAUUAUAAUAACUACUGUUUGGGAUCCAUUGGAGAGUUUAACAUAGCCAUUGCGGGCCUGCCAGGAGGGGAUAUUGGGAGCCACCCAGCCUCUGCUGUGGCUAUUAGAAUGGUAUCUACCUUCCCUAAUCUAAAGAUAGGACUCAUGGUAGGCAUCGGGGGUGGUGUUCCGAGUAAGGAGCAUGACAUCAGACUCGGCGACGUUGUCGUUAGCAUACCAGCGAAUGGGUUUGGCGGUGUUGUACAACAUGAUAUGGGAAAGAAUACUAAGGAUGGCGGAUGGGUGCGAACCGGGUCCUUAAAUGGGCCGCCGUCGGUCCUAAGAACAACGAUCUCGAAACUAAUGUCCAUGCAUCAAAUACACGGUAAUAAGAUUGAGAUUUUCCUGUCGGAGAUGGUGGAACGUCAUCCUAAUCUAUCCCCGCAAUUCACUCGUCAGGACACUUAUUCCGACACACUGUAUGAGCCUGAACCUGAAGAGCCGGGAGCGUUUCAAGGCUGGGUAGAAGUUGAACGGCAGCCCCGGAAACCACACGAAUUGAUCAAAAUACAUUAUGGGUUAAUUGCGUCAGGAAAUCAAGUGAUAAAGAGUGGCCGAUUGCGGGAUCAGAUUAGCUCUCGACUUGGUGGCGUAUUAUGUUUUGAGAUGGAGGCGGCUGGCUUAAUGAAUGAGUUGCCGUGUGUUGUCAUACGAGGCAUAUGUGACUAUGCCGAUGCCCAUAAGAACAAGGAAUGGCAGGAAUAUGCAGCAGCGGUUGCAGCAGCCUACACAAAAGAGCUUGUAACUGCAUUACCAACAAUAAGUGUUGAAAAACAAGCUUCUCGAGAAACGCAAGCACCGACGCCUAUCAUCCAGGAUCACUUCGUUACCGUACAGAGUCAAUCACUAGGACCCCACUGGAUGGUGCCCUUCUUCAGAAACCAGCACUUUGUCGCACGCGAGCAGGAGCUUUCUACGUUACGGCGUUGGUCAUCAUCCGAAGAGUUAUGCCAUAGUAUGGCUAUAUUCGGGCUCGGUGGCGUGGGCAAGACUCAAAUCGCACUUGAAUUUGCUUACCGCACAAAAGAUGAAAACCCAAACUGCUCUGUCUUCUGGGUUCCAGCGACUGACCGUCUGGCAUUCGAACAUGCCUACAAACAGAUCGGCCACCUGCUUAACAUACCGGGCAUAGAUGCAAAUGGGGCAGAUGUUCUCCAACUUGUUAAAGAUGGGUUAAGCGAUAAGGGGGCAGGUCAGUGGCUGAUGAUAAUUGACAAUGCGGACGACAUCAACAUGAUUUUCCGGCAACCUUCGAGCGUUGAAGUAUCCGCGCCAGCACUGAUAGACUACGUUCCUUUCAGUCCGAAUGGAUCUACACUUAUUACUACACGAAAUCGCAAGGUGGCUGUGAGACAAGCCGCUAAUAAAAUCAUCUUUCUAGAGAUAAUGGGACCAGAUGACGCGAAACAGUUACUAGAAAGGUCGUUGUUGCGGCAAGAAAUACUUUCAGAUGUCAAUGUUACUAUGGAGCUUCUCCGUAUUCUUGGCUUCUUGCCCUUAGCAAUCAUCCACGCGGCGUCUUAUAUUAAUGAGAACGACACGACUAUUGAAGAUUAUACGAGUCUGUACAAUGAUAGCGAAACAGAAGUAAUGAAAGUAUUGAGUGAGGAUUUCGAAGUGCAUGGAAGAUACAAGACCGUGAAGAACUCUAUCGCAGCAACAUGGUUGAUCUCCUUGAGUCAACUAACUCGCACAAAUCCUGUUGCCAUUGAUUAUCUCUCUUUCAUGGCUUGCUUGUCCAACAAUAGCAUCUCACAAUCACUUCUUCUACCGGUGGAAUCGAAGAAACAAAGCCUGGAGGCGGUUGGGGCACUCAAGGCUUACUCGUUUAUUAGGAAACGAGAAGAUGGUCCUAGUUUCGAUAUACACCCGUUAGUCCACCUGGCUUCGAGAAAUUGGUUGAGAAACGAAAGUAAACUACAGAUGUGGACCGAUAAAGCAAUUGUGCGGCUAGUCGACCUUCUCCCAGAUGGUGGACAUGAUAACAGAGCGAUAUGGACUGCAUACUUACCUCACGCAAAAUACCUUUUGACUUCAGCUAUAGCCGUGGAAGGUAAAUUGCAAGUUGUAGUACUAGCAGAGAAGUUGGCCAAAUGCCUUUACAGCAACGGCGAGUACAACGAAGCAUAUCAUGUAUACGAACGGGCACUGGAUUUACGAACAAAGGCCUCUGGCCUGGAGAAUCGCGACACUUUGAGAAAUAUGUUUGGCAUGGCCGAGGCCCUGGACCAUCAAGGCAAAUUCAAGCAAGCGGAACAUCUACAUCGAGAGAUCCUGGAACUUAGGAAAAAGGUUCUUGGCCCUAAAGACCCCGAAGUAGGAAGAAGCAUGAACUACCUGGCCCAGGCACUAUAUGACGACGGGAACUACGCAGAAUCAGAACGGGUGCAUCGAGAUGCGCUUGCACUGCAGAACGAGGUACUCCACCCUGAGCAUCCAAACGCGUUGACCACUACCGGGUAUCUCGCCCAAACAUUAGGUCAGCAAGGAAAAUACGUGGAAGCGGAAGAGAUGCACAGAAACCUGCUCAAAACUCGGCUCAGAGUGGCGGGGGAAGAGUACCCGGGCACUCUAGCGACGAUGAGUUGUCUCGGCGUCGCACAGGGAGACCUAGGGAACUAUGCGGACGCGGAACAGACGCACCGACGCGUGUUAGGCCUCCGCGUGAAAGUGUUAGGAGAUCGCCACCCGCACACGGCGAUAACCAAGCGCUGGCUCGCCGACGCACUUCUCCACCAAGGAAAGUACGAAGAGGCGUUUCGUCUCAACCAGGAGGCUCUCGGGCUCCAAUUGGAACUGCUGGGUCCAAUGCAUCCGAACACCAUCCUGGCUCUGGGUAACUUAGGCGAUAUCCUCUUCUACCAAGGACAGACUGAUCGAGCUGAGGAGGUUUAUAGUCAGGUGCUUGAUCGACAAAUCAAGGUUCUGGGAACAGAUCACCCGGAGACUUUGGGAGGUAUGAAGAGAAUCGCGGAUGUUUUGGAUAGGCAGGGGAAACAUGUCGAGGCUAAGGAAAUGUACCGGAAGGUUUUUGAGGCGCGAGCUGCGGUUUUGGGACCGCGACAUCCGAAAACGUUGGCGACGCCUCAUUGAAUUAUGCUUGAUAUGUAAUUAAUUUUUGGAUACCUAUCCUUUAUUAUAUUUGUCGUUUCCUGAUGCUCUGGUUUCAGGGGGAUAUUGUGGUAGGAUAAAAUCUGGCUACUGUCUUUUCCUAUAAGUUCUAGGUUAUUUAUAGGUGCUUUGUUAGCCAGCGGACAGCUGCAACGCUUAAAAAUAUAGGGGGCUUUAAGCGCUGUGGUGCCGUUUAGGUCGGUGCAUGAAUGCCCCUCAUCCCCACUUUAGGGUUAUCCCAUAGGCUAACGGGUUGAAUGGACUAAGGGGUACAAUGAAGGGUAAAAUGAUGAGAUUACCUAGUAGGUAACGACUAUUAAAAUAUUUAUUUUUCUAAAGACAA